GAGCACUGAGGUUGAUCGACGGCCCACCUCGAGUUUCAGAAACACUCUGCGUGAGCAUCAGGAGUGCUCAUGGCAGGAGCAGGGCUGCCCCGAUGGGAGCUGUCUCUUUACCUGCUGGCUUCACUGGGCUUCCACUUCUAUUCUUUCUAUGAAGUUUACAAAGUCUCCAGAGAACAUGAAGAGGAACUGGACCGAGAAUUUGAGCUGGAGACUGAUGCUUUAUUUGGAGGAUUAAAGAAGGACCCAACCGACUUUGAAUGGAGCUUCUGGAUGGAAUGGGGGAAGCAGUGGCUGGUGUGGCUGCUUCUUGGCCACAUGGCAGUGUCUCAGAUGGCCAUGCUGCUCGCAAGGAAGCACAGACCCUGGAUUCUCAUGGUCUAUGGAAUGUGGGCCUGCUGGUGUGUGCUGGGGACCCCGGGUGUGGCCAUGGUCCUGCUCCACACCUUCAUCUCCUUCUGUGUGGCCCAGUUCCGGUCGCUGAUCCUGUCGUGGCUCUGUUCUCUCCUCUUGCUUUCCACACUGAGGCUGCAAGAGGUGGAGGAAGUUAAGAGGAGGUGGUACGAGACGGAGGACCAGUACUACUUGCUGCAGUUCACGCUGACCGUCCGCUGCCUGUACUACACCAGCUUCAGCCUGGAGUUCUGCUGGCGGCAGCUGCCGGCUGAGCGCGCCUCCUGCUCCUUCCCCUGGUUGCUGGCCUAUGUUUUUUACUACCCAGCCUUCCACAACGGGCCCAUCCUCAGCUUCCCGGAGUUCGUGAGACAGAUGCAGCAGCAAGAGCUCGGCUCCCUGAAGGCCAGGCUCUGCGUCCUUGGCCUGGGGCUGGGCCGCCUCCUCUGCUGGUGGUGGCUGGCCGAGCUGAUGGCUCAUCUGAUGUACAUGCACGCCAUCUACAGCAGCAUCCCCCUCCUCGGGGCUGUCUCUUCUUGGACCUUAGGCGGACUGGCGCUGGCCCAGGUGCUCUUUUUCUAUGUCAAGUACCUGGUGCUCUUUGGCAUCCCAGCUCUGCUCAUGCGCCUGGACGGACUCAAGCCACCACCCCUCCCUCGCUGCGUGAGCACCAUGUUCAGUUUCACUGGGAUGUGGAGGCAUUUCGAUGUUGGACUGCAUAAUUUCUUAAUCAGGUACGUGUACAUUCCCGCAGGCGGGUCCCAGCACGGCCCGCUAGGGACACUGUUUUCCACCGCGAUGACGUUUGCCUUUGUGAGCUACUGGCAUGGAGGCUAUGACUACCUCUGGUGUUGGGCAGUGCUCAACUGGCUGGGAGUGACCGUGGAGAGUGGAGUCCGGAGGCUUGUGGAGACCCCCUGCGUCCAGGACACUUUGGCCCGGUACCUCUCCCCAAGAGUUCGCCGCCGAUUGCACGCUGCCCUGGCGUCCUGCUCCACCUCGAUGCUGAUCCUCUCCAAUCUGGUGUUCCUCGGAGGCAAUCAAGUUGGGAAAACCUACUGGAAUAGGAUCUUCGUAGAGGGCUGGCCGUGGGUGACCCUCUCUGUCCUGGGGUUCCUGUACUGCUACUCCCAUGUGGGCAUUGCCUGGGCCCAGACUUACACCACUGACUAAUGCUAUCGGGCCCAGCCCUUGUAGCUAGCCUCCAAGGCAAAUGGUGCUUCACCUUGACCUCCCACUCCGAGAGAGUCUCCGAGGGACCAGUGCUUG